AUGAUGAGUGGUGGUACUCCUUCUGGAGGAGGGUCCUCGUCCUUGUCGAGAUUGCUAGCCCCAGUUACAUUGGGCCUAGGUUUGGGCCUCCUUUCGUGGUGGAAGUUCUCACUCCUUACUGUCAAAAUCGGACAUCGCGCCGUCGUACUUGACCGCUUCACCGGAGUCGCCCACACCCUCGACGCGGGAACUCAUUUUCUUCUCCCAGGUCGCUACACUCGGUUCUUGAUUGAUGUGAGGAUCCGUCCUCUUACAAUCUCCUGCCAGCCCAUCACCAAUGAUCUGCAGAAGCUGGAUAUCAAAAUCCGUCUCCUCUUCCGUCCGGACACAUCAGAGCUGCCAUCCUUUUUGAGGUUCUUUGGGCUGAACUACCCGCUCGAGUUUUUACCCUUCAUGGCAUGUGAGGCUCUAAACGCUGUGGUAGCAAGAUACCGUGCCGAGGACCUGCUUUUCGGGAGGCCAGAUUUCGUUCAUCGGCUCAAGCAGGAACUCAUCGACAAGGCCAAGAUUUAUUUCAUCACCAUCGAUGAUGUUAGCGUGAUCAAGUUGGGUUUCUCCCGGGAGUUCAUCAACGCCGUGAAUCGGAAGUUAAUUGCACAGGAGGAGUUGGAUACUGCUUUGCUGAGGGCGGAAAAUGUUGCUCAGGCGGCGAUAAUUCCGGCUGGUGGGGUCACUUGUGGUGGCAGUUUCAGGGUGGAUUUUGGCAUCUCCAGUUCUACCUCUCCAUCUCUAUUGACAAUGUUUGUUCUGAAAUUUUUAGCUCUCUUGCUCUCUCUGGGAGUAAUACAGUAUAUCUGUAUUGACGGGAAGUGGAGGGAUCACCCAGUUGCUGUUGUUUUCGGGGUCCACGGGCUUGUCAACCCAAACGAGUAUUUCGCUGCUUGCCUCUACACUUCCGGUUGGGGCGGAAUGUUUUGUCGGAGAUGGAAAGUUGUAAAGAAAACAUCAGGAAUCAGUUGUUGUUGGAAGAGCAAAAUUGAUGAAAAAACACUUGAAGAAUUGCAUCAUCAUCGUCACCAGAAGAAGACUCAUUAUGAGUUGCUUGGAGUUUCAUAUGACUCAACCUCCCAACAGAUCAAAGACGCAUACCGGAAACUCCAAAAGAUGUACCAUCCUGAUGUUGCUGGACCAAAGGGCCAUGAUUAUACACUAUUGCUGAACGAGGCGUACAAGGUUUUGAUGAGUCAGGAAUUAAGGAAAGAGUACGACGUUUCAAUUUUCCGACAUGGAAAAUGGUACGGGAGGGACUCUUCUUCAUUUAGCUCGUGGAAUGGUCCAUUAAGACCAGAAGCCUUGUUUGUUGAUCAGAACCAUUGUAUAGGCUGCAGGGAAUGUGUUCAUUACGCAAAUAACACUUUCACCAUGGAUGAAACUAAGGGAUGUGCCCGAGUUAAAGUUCAAUAUGGAGAUGACCUAAUGGACAUACAGGUUUCAGUUGAUUCAUGUCCUGUCAACUGUAUCCAUUGGGUCAAUGAAGACGAACUGCAAAUUCUUGAGUACCUAACUCAACCUCAGCCUAAAGAAGGACAUGGCAUUUAUGGACAAGGUUGGGAGAGACCCGCCAACAUUUUUGCGGCUGCUGAAGCCUUCAAGAAGAAGCUGAACCACCAAAAAGAAGGGUAA